AUGUUCUUGGAACUCCACGGUCAAUACAGUCUGGCAUCUGUUCUCUGCGGAUUGAGUAUCCGCAUGUGUCAGCAACUCGGCCUACACAGGAGAAGUCCUCUGGACCUCAACCUUGAUCCAGAUGAGAUCAAAUUUCGAUCUCAACUGUGGUGGAUUGCCUUUAAAUUCGAAACAUCUUCCCCUAUGUGUGAGGGAAGACCAACUGCAGUCCGCGAGCUGACAUACGAUGUCGACAUCUUGCCGCUGUGCUCUGACCAAACCAAAGCGUCAGACACUGCUGGAUUGGUGUCUGCGAUCCACUGUUGGUAUGCCAGACUGACCGAACUCUCGAACCGAUUCGCGACCAUCAACAGUCUUUGCAUCACCCCAAAUACCAGGUUAGAGGCCUUGAAGGAUCUUAACGAUACCCUGACGCGGUGGAGGGAUCAGUUGCCUGUUACACUUCAACCGGGACCAGACGUGGUUGCCGACUGGAACUCGUAUAUGCUGGUGGCGCCAUUUCAUCUCGAUUACUUCAAUCUCUUGCGCUCGAUUCACUGGGCUUGUAUCACGGCGAUCACCACAAAUUGGGAGGCCAUCCAUGAUUGA